AUGGAGGAACGAGCGCGCAUCCCCGUCGCGCCACCCGUUACCAAUCCACUCUCUUCGUACUGGCACGACCCGAAAUCUCACCUUGCAAAUGUCAUUGAGCCUAAUGCUACAAAGGGCACGCAAAAUUACGACUAUGUCGUUAUCGGCUCUGGCAUCUCAGGCACAAUGACCGCCUACAAUAUCCUCAACACUUGGCCUGACGCGUGCGUGGUGAUGUUGGAGGCACGUGAAGUCUGCUCAGGCGCCACGGGUCGCAACGGCGGACAUACCAAAGCGGCAAGCUACCGCAGCUACACACAUCAUGUGCAAGAGCUUGGCAAAGAAGAAGCAUUGAAGAUUGCAAGGCUGGAGUACGCCAAUAUUGUUGAGACGCAUCGCAUGGCGGAAGAUUUAGGGUUGAACUGCGAAAGUAAGUUGUGUAACACGGUCGAUCUUAUCUACGAUAAGCCUACUUUUGAAGCGGGCAAGAUGGCUAUUCAGAUGCUGCGAGUUGAUGCGGAAGAGCAGGAGAAGGAAGAAGGAAAUGCUGCAUGGUAUCAGAUCCAUGAAGACAUCGCGGAUAUACAGGGCAGAUUCUCUGUUGCGGCGGAGAACAGCAACCCAACAAUAGAAACAAAAGAGAAGCUGGCAGGCGCCUUCGAAUAUCUAGCCGGCCGAAUCCACGCAUAUCGUUUUACGACCGGUUUGUUGGCGGAGUGUGUCAAGAAAGGGCUACAGCUAUGUACGAACACGCCAGUCCAUGACAUCCAUCCCUCGAUAAAUCUGGAUAAAGAGAAUGGUAGUCGCUGGGAUGUGUGUACCCACCAUGGCAUCUUCACUUCUAAAAACGUAAUCAUCGCAACUAACGGGUACACACCUUACAUCAUGAAGGAGCUUCAAGGAGCCAUAGUGCCAAUGCGUGGACAGAUCACCGCACAGCGACCAGGAACUUCAACGAAGCUGCCAGCUCCAUUACCAACAACAUACUCAUUCAUCUACCGCGAUGGCUACGAGUACAUGAUUCCUCGGCCCCUGUCAGACGGCGGACAGCACAUCGUCAUUGGUGGUGGCUUGGUCCGUCUUCCUCAGGCCGGUCCGAGCGAAUACGGGACGGUUGACGAUAGCACUUUAAAUACACAUAUCUCCAAGUACCUCAACGAGAGCUUGACUGGGUAUUUUGGCGCCGAGAACUGGGGUGAGAUGUCUAAAGAAGAGGCAUCGCGCCGCGUGGUACAGGAGUGGACGGGAAUCAUGGGCGCAACGACUGACGGACGGCCGUUUGUGGGUGAGGUGCCAGGCAAAAAGGGCUUGUGGAUAUCCGCAGGGUUUAAUGGCCACGGUAUGGUGUUAUGUCUGAAGUCUGCAGAGGCGCUGGUGAAGAUGAUGGAAGCUGAGGGGUCGAAAGGGAAACCAGAGUGGUUCCCCAAGAGCUUCUUGAUCACACAAGAACGACUGGGGAAGUGCAAUUUUCAUGGUCGUACCGAUAUGCAGGUAUCUGAAUGA